AUGCCCGAUGAGGCAGAGCAGCCGGUCUCCGCGAUAAACGCGCCGGGAGAGUCGCAGGAAGUCUCUGAUGCUGCACAUGGCUCCAAGGAUUCGCUGGAAGACCUCCGCAAUCCGGUCCUGGACCAAUAUGUUGCACUCAUGACCUACAUGCAGGCCACAAGAGCAGAAAUCGUGCGGGGGAUUUGCGCAUUUCGAGUCCUUCAAGGUGCUCCCCGGCUCUGGUGGAGGGGAAGACUACACCAACUUCAUCGGCACAGCGAGAUGGUGACACUGCUUGACGAGUUUUGGUCUCACAGCUGGCUUGUCCAUCCUGCGACUAAGUAUCUCAGUGUACUCUUUCUGAACAAUGGCUUGCCGGCUUUCGUUGCGGGCGCGGCCUGUGCUUUUGUCACUUUCUCGCUGUAUGCAGCAGGUCUUUUGCCCUGGAAACGAAUGUGCACUCCAAGUGGUGCUGUUGGCUACUACCUGACCCUUCUACUUUGGCGGUGCAAGAAGCGUGUAUUUCUGGACGUUGCCUGCGUAAAUCAGCACGACCCGCAACUGAAAAUGGAAGCCCUUGUCAGCAUCGGCGCGUUCUUGAAGAGAUCUCGUUCUUUGCUGGUUCUUUGGGAUGCCACUUUCGUUUCAAGGCUUUGGUGCAUGUUUGAGAUGGCCGCGUUCCUGCACAGUCAUGGGCUUGAGACCCGAGGCAAAAGCCUGGUGAUUUGUCCAGUUUUUGUAGGUCCAGUUUUCGUGAUCGGGAAUUUGGGCCUUUGUGUGCUGUGUAUGAUUUUCAACUUCUGGCCACUGCCCUUGUUUCCGUCUGGCGGGCUGCUCAUCGCUACACUCACAUUUCCGUGUUUAACACUGGUCUCCUACAUUGUCCUCCUUCACUGUCGCAACAUCGAGACGAUGCAGAAACAGGUUCGCCAUUUCACGGUUCAGGAUUCCUCGAGCCAUUGCUGUGCCAGCGGCCACUAUGACAAAAGGACAGGUGAGCACUUGAUCUGCGACCGCAGCAUCAUUCUUCGGUGCGUCUCUGCUUGGUUCGGAUCCACUGAGCAGUUCGAGUCCCUCGUGCGCGGCAAGCUCCUGGAGGUACUGGUGGAUCAACUGGCCAACGGCACCUUCACAUAUUGGCGUCUCGUGCAGGUCAACAGUCCGGUCCUAUGGGUUUGUUUAGACAUCCUCCAAGAGUUCCUUGACAAUGGGCUGAACAUGUUUCUCACUCUCAUACUGUAUUGGCUGAUGGUGUUGCCGAACAUGGCGCUGAUUAUGCUCCGGCUGACCUACAUGGUCCGGCUUUGGUGUGAGAGCACCUUCGCGCGGGUGCUGCUCGCCGUUGGUCUCGUAGCCGUCGGGACAGUCUUGUUUGGACUCUGCUAUGCGACGCAAGUCUGGCUUCUUCCUGGCUUUCUGACAUACCUGCAAUCGAACCUGAUUCUGGUGAUUUUUGGUGGCCUUGUCACCCUGCUCCUAUGGUGCUGUGUUCCAGCAAUCCGAAGUCCUUUUCCUGACUCUACAAUCAUCUGA